ACCACAGGCACAUACGACCACAGGGUGUGGAAACCAGGGCUUCCCGUCCGCUCAGCCGUACUUAAGCCACACGCCGGGAGGUUAGUAGUUGGGUGGGUGACCACCAGCGAAUCCCUUCUGUUGUAUGUUUUUGUUUGCAUCAUUCUGGUUUUGAUCAAGUGUCUUCACUUUCCUUGCAGGCCUUGCCGACACACCAAGGGAGACACUUCGCUUUUCAUAUGGUCCCAGCCAGCGGAAUGGCAGAUUGUAGAACAUUUGUUGUCAGAACACCACACACAGGGACAGCGAAAGUAG